GACCCCGCACUGCUUGCAUCAAAUGCAACGCACAUUGUGCUUUCUGAGGACAUGUCCGCCGGCUAUGUAUGUCCGAUACACCAUCCUCAACUUCUCUGUUUGUUUGUCCUUCCGUAUAGAUGUGUUGAUAUGCUCUUCUGUCCUCAGACUUCGAUGUCUCCGGUGGUUCCAUCCAACGUACGCUAAACGCUUGUUCUGCAGCACCACUCGAGCGGGGCCCGCUUUGCUGGUUGCCGUAUUAUUAUUAGCAGCUUGAUGGAUCGGCAUGCCAGUACAGGUGAAAGUUUGAGUCUGCCUCUAUCAGUCAGGUCUGGGGGCUCGUUUUUCGGAAGCAUAAUCAGGAAGGAAACCAAGGAUGCCGACCGUAAAGAGGCUCCAAAAGGGACCUUCGGCCUUACAACUCUAUACGAGCCUCCAUCUGUCGACGUCCCUGUUGCUGACCUAGUGUUUGUACAUGGCCUCAAUGGCGGAUCUCAGAGCACAUGGACGAAAGGGGACGAAUCCAACUUCUGGCCAAAACAUUGGCUCCCAAAUGACGAUGCCUUCACAGACGUCAGAAUACAUACCUUUGGGUAUCAUUCGGGUCUUCGCCAUGAAUCCAUCCUCGGUAUCAGAGACUUCUCCCACUCCCUUCUUGGAGCAAUCCAAGAUGCACCAACGAUACCGCGCAGGCAAAGUGUUCCUCUAAUACUCGUCGGACACAGUAUGGGCGGCCUUGUGAUCAAACAAGCACUUGUACUUGCUCAUCAAUUACACGAGUUCAAAUCUCUUGCCGAUCGUAUUUGCGCCAUGUUCUUCUUGGGCGUCCCACAUCAAGGGGCAGAAAUAGCCCAUACCCUGAACCGCGUGCUAUCGCUUCAUGGAGUCAGGCCGUUUGUUCACGAACUUUACCCUUCCUCUUCAAUUCUCGCAGCCAUAAACAAGGAUUUCCCCUAUCUCUCAAAGGACCUUCGCCUCUUUUCCUUUUUCGAAACCAAACCAAUGAACUAUGGUAUUGGCAAGGGUCUUAUUGUUGAGAGACAAGCGGCAGUUCUCAAUUACAUUAAUGAGCGCAGAAUAUACCUUGACGCAAACCAUAGAGAUGUAGCCCGUUUCCCUUCUGUCAACGAUCCAUCGUAUUUGACUAUCCGAAAUGCCCUUGCGACAUUAAUAGAUAGCCUACGCGAACCAUUCCAGAUUCAAAGUCAGCCAGAAGGGGAUGAUGACGAAACGACAAGUGAGACCGAAAAAGAAAUGCAGAAAAACAUUAUAGCGAAUUUUUUAGGGGUAAAAGAUGCUCCGGAGGGCGACUAUAUGACACUAGACGCAACUAGGCUUCCAGGCUCUUGUGAGUGGCUAUUACAAAAACCAACGUUUGUGGAAUGGAGAGAAACCAACCCCUCAAAGGCUUUCUGGUUACAAGGACGUCCGGGUGCAGGGAAGAGUGUCAUUUCGAGUGCAGUUAUAUCCUCUCUACGGUGGCUCACAAGAGACUGUUGCUUCUUUUUCUUCGUACGAGCAGAUAAGAACAAAAGUAGCAUCAAAUCAUUUCUUCGGUCUAUGGCUUUCCAAAUGGCCAUGCUGCACCCUGAAAUUCGACAGGCCAUUCUUGAGAUCAUUCCCAAAUGGGGAGAAGGCAACCUCGAAAAGGAUGACGCUAUUGUUGUUUGGCGCAAACUAUUUGUCACCGGUAUCCUCAAGAUCAGACUGAAGCGACCACAAUAUUGGGUUGUUGAUGCGCUAGAUGAGGCAAAUGGUGGAUCAAAUAUGAUCACAUUCUUGUCCAAAGCUAAGGAGUAUUGGCCAUUGGGUAUAUUCGUCACGUCGCGAACUUCCAUUGAUACCCACAUUGGACCCUUGGGCUUGAAGAUGGAAGUUAUCUCAAAUACAAUCACUGAGGAGGACAAUACCGGCGACAUUUACCUCUUUUUGGAACUGAACUAUGAGCGGUUUCCAGCAUCAACGUCACAUGCCCGAAAAGAAAUGGCUCAUCGCAUCUUGCAAAAUUCCAAAGGGUGCUUCCUUUGGGCUCAACUCAUUGUGAAAGAACUAGUGCAAGUCCAAACUAUGACGCAAGCUAAUCAAGUCAUUGAUAGCAAUCCAUCUGAUAUGGAAGCAUUGUAUCUGAGGAUUACAAAAGAGAUGUCGGAGCAGAGGUUCAACCAAGAGCUGGUCAAGGCCAUCCUGGUAUGGGCCGUGUGUAGUGUUCGUCCUUUGCAUUUGGAUGAAUUACAACAGGCAAUCCAAACAGACAUCAACGACGAAAUAGGUGAUAUGGAGCGGUCUAUCAGCGAGUCCUGCGGUAAUUUAGUGUACGUCGACAACUCAAGAAAGCUACAACUUCUCCACCUCACUGUGAGAGAAUUCCUCACGAAAGACAACAUUGAGUUCGGGUUCAAGGUGGACAAAAGCCUCGGCCACCGUCGGUUAGCAAUGGUAUGUCUGGACUCUCUUCUAGGGCAGAAUAUGAAGAGGGCGAAUAGUUCCACGACAACAAAGUCGGGUACCGCAGUACAAGGUUCUCAGACAUCACCGUUCGCAGAAUAUGCGACGGAUUAUCUGUUUCACCAUCUGGCACAAACUAAAUCUUACGACGAUGAGCUCAUCUUAGCCUUGACCUCUUUUUUAAAGUCAACCAACUUGCUGACUUGGAUUGAGCUUGUUGCCAAACGCUCUGAUCUUCGGAGAAUAUAUCAAGCGGGGAAAACUAUCAACCAUAUUCUUCACCGACGGGCGCAAUCUUCACCCCCGGUCGGACUACAUGAAGAACGAGAUUAUAUGGGCCGUUGUGCAAAUGAUCUAAUCCAUUUGGUCACUAAAUUUGGCAAACGACUCAUCACGAGUCCAUAUGCAAUCUUCAAUCUUAUUCCCCCAUUCUUCCCUGAAUCAUCGGCUAUUCGACAGCAGUUUUGUACUCCGAGAAGCUUGACAAUUCAUGGAACAGGAGCCAAAGGGUGGGAUGAUUGUCUCUCAACUAUGUCGUAUGUUAAGCCCAUACGUCCACAAAUGAUUGCGACGUCUCAUGAGAACAUGGUAUUGGGAACAUCAACGGGACAGGUGAUUAUGUACGAUCAAGCUACUUUUCAGGAAACUGCUUCUGUGGAUCAUAAAGAGCUGGUUUCAGCACUGGCUUACAGUGAAAGUGGCAACAUGGUUGCCAUGGCUGGUCCGCGAAAUGUGAGAUUAUGGAGUGUUACUUCCAGUUCUGUAGUACAUACUUUCCGCAUCAACUCUCUAUGCAUUGCCGUAGCAUUCGGGAACAAUGACUCUGUUCUUUGGGCUGCAUUGCGGAACAACGUUCUUCUAUGCUGGAAUGUAGAGACCGGCGAUCUGCAUACGGAGCCAAUCAACUGGACAGCGGACUUUGAAGUCCAAGGCUCCGAGCUACAUGCUCGCGCCCCUCAAAUGGGAGUCUUCUGUAUGCAAAUGGGUGUGCUAGCCAUUGUUUAUCGAGGGGAGGAUCUCAUUAUAUGGGAUUUAGACGAGGAGAGAGUUUACGAUAUCUACGAGAAGGAUACAGGAUCCAGGCUGAAUGGAUCCUCAAAAGAGGUAGAUGGUAUCACAAGUGUUUCGGAUGUUGCUUUCAGUGCUACGCCGGAAGCCAAUCUCAUCGCGGCAGCCUUCUCCGACGGCGACCUAGUCGUGUAUAAUAUGGAUGAGGGGACGGUGGGUAACACAAUAGUGGCUGCUUACCCACAGACACUUUGUUGUUCUCCUGAUGGUCGCACACUGGCGUGCGGUGACUCAAGGGGUAACGUAAUUCUGUACGAUUUCGAAACUCUGAGAAUGCUCUACAAGAUCCAAUUCCAGGGCGAUGCAGUCAAGAUCCGAAGUCUGGCAUUCACUCCAGAUGACUUGCGACUCAUCGAGAUUCGAGGCAACCAGUGUCGUAUCUGGGAGCCAUCAGUACUUCUUCGACAGGAUUCUGAUGAUACGUCGAAUGCGGUCUCGAACUCUACAGCGCCACUCGAAAUCGAAUACGAUGUUACCGGGACAUGUGAUAUCACAGCAAUUGCAAAUGCUGUAACAUUACCACUGGUGUUUUGUGGAAAGGAAGACGGCGCGGUAUAUGCCUACGACGUCGCCCGGGACUCACAGGGAUUACGAUUGUUCGUUCAAACAACGAACUGCGGCAUCAUCCUCCUGCAUUUUGACCCAUUGACCGAUAUCCUGACUUGUUGCGACUGGGCAAGUCGAGUCACGUCGCGGAGAGUUUCUCGAAACUUAGGAGGUGACUGGGAGAUAUCGAAUAUACUUCUUGAUACACGACCAGCUAUAAAAGUAUCCCAGCUGCUCAGUUCAUCUAUUCAUCGUCGGCUUCUUUUGUCUACUAUCGAGCACGACACUCUAUGGCCCCUUGACGAAAGCUGCGAACCGGUAUACGUGAAUCGAAUAGCGGGAUCUGACAACGUCAGCUGGGUAUCACAUUCAGAUACUCAUAAACUCAUACGUGUUGAAAAAAACACGGCAAGCAUGUUCAGCUGGACGAAUCUGGAACAACUCGUUACAAUAUCUUUUGACUCAGUUGAUCCGUCGGUUACAUUGUCAAUAUUUCCACUUCAACAUCAUCGUUUCUUUGCUACUGUCACCAAGGGUCGCUCUUCAAGGGAUGCGCAGUCGGCAAUACUCGUAUGGGAUAUGAACGAUUUCAGCACAACAGAGCCCUUUCCGACGGUGAAACCUGCCUUUGACCUUGGUACGCUGGCUGUACGAGUGGAGCAACCCAUCGGUAUGAUUAAUGAUCGUUUCAUCUUCCUUGAUCAAGAUUACUGGGUCUGCAGUAUCGACCUCAGCCAUGUACGCGAUAUCUCGAAUAAGCACAGUAUAACAACAGGAUCUGCGCCUGGGCUGCGAGCAUCUCGCCGGCAAAGCGCAGCCGGUGCCACCAAAGAACCGAGCAGCGCUGAGCCUGUAAUCGUUCGACACUUUUUUGUCCCAUACGAUUGGAUCAGCAUGGUCACUAAAAUCCAGGUCGAUAUUUUGGCCAGGGGUGAGAUAAUUUUCGUCAAACGAUCGGAACUGGUUGUUGUGAGAAGAGGUCUGGAGGUAUCCGAGACGGGGCCAUUCCGAUCAUUGCGCGGUUCGCGCCAGAUGAGGUUACCUACGCGUCCUCCUUCGAGUAUUGUUCCGGGUAGAGACCGCCACUUAUUAUAAAUUAUGGAACAGAUUAACAUGUUCCCUACUAAGUUCUGCAAGAGCAGCCGUACAAACUAACUUUAAUCUCGUAUUUGCAGUUACUAGAGUCAUCCGUAAUAUAGACGUAUAAGAAUGCUACAUAAGGAGGAAAUGAUGAAUAUCAAGAUUCUUUCGAGUCUUUCUGGUAGAAUAGAGCCUCUGAAAUGUAACAAAGAAUGCGCCACACAAACGUUGUGGCAUGGAAUGGUGG